AUGCGUUUGGCAUUCACAAAUUUGAUUGUGAAGAGAAGAAAGGUGGAUCGGCGACAUGGAAAGCGCCCACUUCCGUGGGAAGCACCGGCGGAGGAAGAAGAAAGGGAUCAAAAUGAGUUGGGUUCUUCUAAUUUCUCUCAAAAUCAAGAAAGCGGGAGUAAGCGACAUUAUAGAGGCGUAAGACAAAGGCCAUGGGGAAAAUGGGCAGCGGAGAUUCGUGACCCCAAGAAAGCGGCUAGAGUUUGGCUUGGCACCUUCGACACUGCCGAGGCUGCUGCCAUUGCCUAUGACAACGCCGCUCUGAGGUUUAAAGGCAACAAGGCCAAGCUUAACUUUCCUGAACGCCUUCAGCCCAACCCUCCUCACUUUGCCUUUCUCCCCGCUGGUGGGGCUGCUUCUUCCGCUCCUGUAGCCCCGCCAGCCCUGGCGUCAUUAUCAUCACCUUCACCUCCUCCUCUGCCACCGCUGUCGCACCAAGAAGCCUUCCCCGGACUUCACCAGUACGCCCAACUCCUCUCCAGCACCGACGCCGACUUCCCUUAUUACUCCUCCACUCUUCUCAACCAACCCAACCAUUACCCUUUUUAUUCUUCCUCUUCGUCCCAACACCACCAACAAGAACAAGAACAAGAACAAGAACAAGAACAAGAACAGUACGGGAAAGAUUUCGGCCCCGGGGGCUCAACCAAUUAAACCAAUAUUGAUUGUUAGUUCAGAUUUAUAUGAGUUUUUGUACUCACAACUACUACCACGUAUGAGAUUCUAUAUAUAUAUCCAUGCUCUAUUUUCAUGA